UAUCAAAUAUUUGUAUCUAUGCUUUUAGAGAAUAUUUUUCAAAGUGAGAUCAUUGUGUAAAGAUCGAAUUCGUUGCUGACGCUUGCCUGCUCUUAUGUUGGAGAGAUGAUUAAUAUCAAGUGGUUGCUCAUCUUAUGCGCAAUAAUAUGCACACAAUGUAUCAUUCGUACGUGCGAGGCCAACACCAACACCGAUGGGCCUUUAAAGCUGAAAACUCAGGUCAUCAAAGCAGCAAACCCAUUCACUAGAGCAUCUAUAUUCAGAAACCCGUACAAUUACUACGACUUCCUCGCCAACAGUAAGUUCUUUGUCGACACUUCGUUGCUGAUAGAAUAUGUAUUCGAUGCCCCCAUUACUCUUAUAACACUGGCAAGAGGAUUUGGCAAGAGCAUGAAUUUAAACAUGUUGAGAACUUUUUUCGAAAUCGAAUUUGAUCCGACUACACAGGAAAUUGUACCCAAAGAUCAGACAAAGGCGUAUUAUUUAUUCAAAUGCGACAUCGUGCAAGCGGAAAUAGAAAACAUCACUUUAAGACCAAAAUUUUUAAUAAAAGAAAGGAAACGUAUAAUGGAGCAAAUGAAUAAAUACCCCGUCGUUCAUUUAAAUUUGGGUAACCCUCACGGUAGGUAUCGUGACCUUAAAGAAAUCUGCAAGUUUAUCGUUAGCAAAUCUAAUCAAACUUUCGACGCUCAUCGAUACAUGCAACGCUUUAAUACAACUCCACCUGGGUUGAAAUUUAAAAAAGCAUAUGAACAUUUGAAUAGCAUAAAGUGCUCUGAACGUCCUGGCGAAGUAUCCGGUCCUUUAGUACAACUCAUUAGUGCAUUACGCUCACAUUUCGACGUACCAGUGAUCGUACUAAUCGACGAGUAUGACUCUAUGCUGAACGGAGUCCUCAUCGAGUCCAUUCGCACUAACGAAAAUUACCCAAAUGAAGUAAUUCAGUACUUCGGGAAUUAUUUCGGAGCACUGUUGAAAGAUAACGAAAACGUAAAAACAGCCGUUCUUACUGGAAUAAUUCCGUGGAAAAAUUCUGGCGUGUUUUCCGAAUUAUUCGAUAAAGUAUCGAUAAAAACUAUGGCCGAUGAUACACCUUUAGAAUGUUUCGGAAUUACCCAGGAAAAUCUUCGAGACAUGUUUAAUUUAUCACACGAUGGCGUAUUCAAGGAAAAUGCAUACAGUAAAAUGGAAAGCUUCUACGACGGAUACCUUUUCGGCAAACCUCCUUUCGUUAAAAAAUUCAACCCUGUAUCAAUCGGAAUGUUUUUCAACAAAAAUCAAGCUAUAAAAGAGUACUGGACGAAAACCGGAAACGUUAAGGUUCUUUUAGAGAAAUUGACUAAAUUCAAAAACUUUAAUACCUCAUUUUCAAAACUUUUGUCAGGUGAUGAAGUGAAAAUUACCAGCAGUCCGUCUGCCAUUGAUUUCAGUAGUGCGGCCAAGUUAGUGGCGAAAGCUGAUAGUUUAAAUGAAAACGAAUGGUACAAGUCUGAUUUGAAUGCGAAUGACAUCGACUUAGCAUUUUGCUCGUUAUAUUAUGCGGGAUAUCUCACCCUUUCAAAUCGUGCACCCAGUCCGGAAACGUGGAUGCGAAUUCCAAAUAAGGAAGUGAUGGACUACCUGUCUCAGUCUGCAAAUCAGUGAAUCGCUGAUGAUACGUCAAAAAGAUCUGCAACUGCAAUUUAGAAUCAAAACAGAAGCGUUUUCCAACGAGUAUGGGAAGAUUAUUUUAAUCGAUUGUGAUAUUGAAAACUUGGCUAAAUAAAGCUUUCACGAAUACGUGGCAGCUGACGAAAAAUAAGCUUCAUGAAGAUACGUCAAAAUUGAUCGAGCUGUAUAUGGAAAGCAUCUUUGAAGGUACGAAGAAAUCCGGAUCUAGUGUCAAUUUAUAACGAAACGUAAUUAAGGAAGAAAUUUAUCUAAACCACCCCGAUUACAUACACAUCAAAUCUAUGAAAAAAAGUAGGUUUGGUGGUACAUUCCGACCUACCAGUCGAAGCAAUUCCAACUAUUGCCCGGUGUGCAACAAAAUCAGUUAUUCCACAAACAAAGCAAGCGUAGCUAGCUAGUCAAUUACCUACGUAAUUAAGUUUAAUUUAAUUUGUACAUAAUUAACAUUUAGGUAUGUAAAUAUAGGUACUUAAUUAUACUGUUACAUUGUGCUUACC